AUGUUAAGUAAUGUACUGCUUUGUAUAUUACUGAAUAUUUGGGUUCUCAAUAAUGGUCACAUGACAGCUGAAACACUUCAGGUUUCUGCUUCAGACGUCGGCGCACCAGCCAGUCUAAUGAUGUCUGCCAUCUCAGAUAUUUUUUUAACUGAACUUAAAUUGUCUAUUAAGACAAGAAGUUAUAAACAUGGAAAGAAUAAAGGGAUAUCAGCCUCUACUUAUGGUGCUUAUCGUUCCAAUAUGAUGCAAUUAAUGGCAAGUAUAGGUCCGAAAUUUAAACCCAAACGCAUAUCAUGUGAUAUCUCAUUGCCUGCAGUCUAUAUAGAUCAUAUUCCUAAAACCAUCGAUGUCAUACUAGCAUUGUCCAACACGGAGAUGACGCGUAUGUUUUCUUCAAACUACUGGUUCAAACGAUUGGAAAAAAUUUUAUUAUCUGCCAACCUUGAAAGCAAUAAUGUUAUUUGGUCAGCUAAAAUAAUCUCAGUUAAACCUAUAAAAUUGGAAUACCAAGGCUCUCCAAGGCGACUGGAAUACGCAAUUCGUUUAUCAAAAAGAUAUCAUGGAAUUGGCAAACCAACUGAUUUCUGUACAUAUGAUAAAGAAAAGAAACUAUUGAAGAUAAAUGUCUCAAAAUCAAUAUUAUUUUAUAAUAAUUUCUUCAUGAUGAAAAAUUCAGCUUAUCAAUUAAUUAAAUAUAUUAUUGACUUGAACAAUCAAAGAAAAGUAUUACAUAAGCCACAUCAUGAUAAAUUCAAAAAUAAAAGGAAAUCAAAGGAAUCAAAUGUGCAAGAUAUAUUUACUCCAAAGAAAUAUCAUCCUAACCGAAAUCAAAUUUGGUGA